GCGACAAUUUUGUUUCAGACAUAAUGAGACCAUGAAGACGGACUUUCGAUUUUCCAAUCUCUUGGGCACCAUAUAUGGCCGAGGGAAUCUUGUCUUCACACCAGAUGGCAAUUCUCUGUUGUCGCCCGUGGGCAACAGAGUCUCGGUAUUCAAUCUGACAAAAAACACCAGCUACACCCUCCCUUUCGCUCAUCGCAAGAACAUCGUCCAUCUAGACCUGACUCCAGACGGAAACCUACUUCUAACCAUUGACGAAGAUGGUCGAGCGAUUCUGUCGAUCCUGCCGAGGCGACUCGCCAUAUACCACUUCUCCUUCAAGACUCCUGUCACGGCCCUAGCCUUUUCCCCCGAUGGGCGGCAUUUUGUCGUCGGACUAGGAAGAAAAAUACAAGCGUGGAGGACUCCCUCGACACCAAGCAGCGAUGCCGCCGGGGAUCUCGAAUUUGCGCCGUUUAUCCUUCACCGCGAGUACGGUGGGCAUUUCGAUGUAGUGAGGCAUCUUAGCUGGUCAGGAGAUUCGCGCUUCUUCCUGAGUACCUCAAAGGACCUGACCGCGCGAGUAUGGAGUCUGGACCCUGAGGAAGGCUUCGAACCCACAGUGCUCUCUGGACAUAGGCAACAAGUGAGAAACGUGUGGUUCUCGGCCGACCAGGAGAGUAUUUUUACUGUCAGCGAGGAUGGUGCUCUCUUCCGAUGGGGCUUCGUUCCUAGACCGCAGUCGGAUGGCGAGGAGCCCACAGAGUAUGCAGACGAGAGAUGGCGCAUUGUGCAGAGGGACUAUUUCAUGCAAAAUGCAAAACUAAAAUGCGCUUCCUAUCACCCCUCAACCAACCUGCUAACAGUUUGUUUCGACAACGGUCUAUUCUCCUUGUAUGAGAUCCCAUCCUUCUCCAACAUCCACAGCCUUUCUAUGGCAUCUUCUCCCAUCUCUGCGGUGGCUGUCAACAAGUCCGGUGAAUGGCUGGCACUGGCAUCAUCCAAGACUGGUCAACUCCUGGUUUGGGAGCACGCAUCAGAAUCCAACAUUCUGAAACAGUCUUCACAUUUGGAUUCGCUUACGACCUUGUCAUAUUCUCCUGAUUCAACUCGAAUUAUCACAGGGGCUGAUGAUGGCCUUAUCAAAAUUUGGGACAUCUCCUCUGGCUUUCAUAUUGCAACAUUUACCGAGCACACCUCAGCAGUCACAGCUUCAGUAUACUCAAAACGAGGCAAUAUUCUUUUCACGUCCUCUCUAGACGGUUCUGUCCGUGCCUGGGACAUGCUAAGGUAUCGAAAUUUCCGAACCUUUACAGCCCCAACACGACUUCCUUUCUCUUGCCUAGCAAUCGACCCGUCUGCUGAGGUCGUCUGUGCAGCAUCCCACGACUCCUUCGACAUCCACCUUUGGUCAGUACAGACUGGUGCUCUUCUCGAUCAACUUUCUGGCCACGAAGGCCCAAUCUCUACACUGGCUUUUACUCCAGAUGGACGCUAUUUGGUAUCAGGGUCAUGGGACCAUACUAUUCGCGUCUGGUCCAUCUUUGAUAGGUCACAAACAUCAGAAGUCUUACAACUGACGUCUGAUCUGUUGUGCAUCGCCAUUCGCCCAGACUCCGCUCAAAUUGCUGCGUCAACUCUGGAUGGCUCACUCACUUUCUGGAGUCUGAGUACGUCGAUACAAGAGUCCGGGCUCGAUGGGCGGCGGGAUGUGAGUGGCGGUCGUACCUUGACAUCUCGGAGAACCGCAGCCUCGACACCUGGGACCAAAUCUUUCAACACAAUCACGUAUUCUGCGGAUGGAAGCUGCUUGCUUGCUGCAGGGAACAGCAAAUACAUCUGUCUUUAUUCAGUCACAACUCUUACUCUCAUCAAAAAAUUUACAGUCUCCGUCAAUUUGAGUCUCGACGGGACUCAAGAGUUCCUCAACUCUGCUGCCAUAAUGUCGAAUGGUCUUCCGCAAGAUAUGAUAGAUACUGAAGGCGAAGCAAGUGAUCUCGAGGAUCGUAUUGACAAGAGCUUGCCAGGAGUCAAGAGAGGAAAGGACGCUACAGCCAGAACUCUCCGAACGGAAGUCAGGGUUACCAGCAUCGAAUUCGCGCCGACUGGCAGGAGCUUUUGUGCAGCGAGUACUGAAGGACUACUCAUCUACAGUCUCGAUAGUGCUGGCAUGGACGACUUUGACCCAUUCGACCUCGAUAUCGAUGUUACUCCGCAGAACAUUCGAGCGCUCAUAAGCCAGACAGAACCAGACUAUCUAAAGGCACUGAUUAUGGCGUUCAGAUUAAACGAUCGACCCCUUCUGAGAAAGGUUUACGAGUCUGUACCCUUUGAAGCCAUAUCACUCUUGGUUCGUGAACUUCCUAGGGUAUACCUUGGUCGACUAUUGAUGCUUUUGGCCCAGCAAAUGGAGACCAGGCCUCAUCUUGAAUUCACUCUGAGGUGGAUUGGAGAAGUAUUGAGCGUUCAUGGACGCUACGUCAAGGAAAGACAAGGUGAAUUUGGAAGUGAACUUCGCGCGCUGUUACGCGGAGUAGAUGGUGUUGGCAGAACUGUACGAACGCUUAGCGAACGAAAUGCGUUUGAGAUCGAAUUUUUGUGCCAGCAGCCACCUGUGCAAAACGACUCCACCGGUGGCUUGCUUACUACGUAGGUAGAAGAGAUAGACCAAAGGUAUUGGACUAUCCUACGCAACGAGUCUAGGCGCUGUUUUGGCGCGGGCGUGAAACAUAAGGCCAAAUGGCAGCAAAUAUGAUCGAUCAA